AAGGAGAAAUAAUAAAAAAUACAAAUAUGGCAACAUACAUUUAUACCUGAGAAAGACAUGUAGUACAUAUUAAGGGUAUUCGUUUAAACGUGUAAAAGCCCCGUAAACCUCUUAAACCGUGUAUAUUUACGAAUGCGUAAAAAUCUGGCAGCAACUUAUAUGGAAAUUCAUUUAAACACAUUACGCACCAAUGUCAGUGUGUAAAGAACACUUGUAAAUUUACGAUAUUGCAAAAGCAACCCUACCAAACGACCAGCUGAUGAAUAUUAUUGUGAAAAUUAAAAUGGAAAAGGAUAAAAAGUUAAAGCAAAAGCGUCUACGGCUGAAACCGUCCCAUCGCUGGACAGAGUCGCAGUCCCUGCAGCUGUUGCAAGCAGUAUCCGACGCAAUUAAAGAUAGUCCAGAAUCUUUUGAGAAACCGACCUCCCAAAGGUUUUACGAAAAAUUGCAGCAAAAUACACCGGCACUUCAAUCUGUCGUUUGCGUAGCUAUGAAAAGCAAAAUGAGGUAUCUCAAAGCGUUGUACGUUGCCGCGGCAGCCUGGAAAAACAAAACUGGGUCUGGACUACUCGCUAAUGGUGACGAGUCAAGCGUAUCAGCGCAUGUCAACAAAAUUUGUCCCAACUUUGACUUACUGGAAGUUAUCUUCGGGCAACGCAAAAAUGUAAAUCCCGGAGUAAUUUUUGAAAGCACUGACAGCAUUGAAGUACUGGCUGAUUCCCCUUGUGCUGAUAGUUCGUUAAACGAUACCAUCGAUUCCUACGACUUGUGUGCGCUCGAUUGUGAGGAUUUAGUUGACCCAAUAUUACCUAUAAGUAUAAGUAGCGAUUGCAGUGCCGCCGCCGCGGCAACUUCUACACCACAAAGUUCGUUGGACUUUAGAAGUUCAACAAAAAAACCAAAAAGAAAGAGUGAAGCCCCGUUCAAUAAAUUGAUUUUUAUUCAGGAGAAAAGGUUGGAAUUAGAAGUUAAGAAAAUAGAAUUAGAAAAAGAAAAAGAAAAGAAUGAGGUCGAGUUGAAAAGAAUUGAACUGAAUAAUCAAUUAGAAAUGAAAAGAAUUGAAACUGAAUCAGAAAAAGAAACCAAACUGGAAAUUGAAAAACUGAAACUUGCUAGUGAAGAACGCAUUAAAAUGUUUGAAAUAGAGUUAAAGUUAAAAUCAAAAUAAAUGUGAAACUUUAAGAGAUUUCACAUGGUACUUUUUUCGCAAAUUUAAAAGAUCUCAUAGCAAAAUACAUGUAUAUUUGAAUGUAACUAAAUGUUAAUAGGCACAGAAGCACUUUUUAUUUUUCUGUAAAUAAAAGCAUAUAUUAAUGGAUUUUAAAGAUA